UUCCGCCUGAGUGUCUCUUUAUUGUGAGCGGCUGUAAAGCCGUGGAUGAAACAUAGGGAGAUGCUUGUGUUAAUGUUAGUGAUUGAUUUUCCUAGCUGUAUAUAAACCCUCUACUCUCAUCUCCGAGAUCAAUUCCGUUCUCAAGACUCGGCUUCUUUAACAGUUGUUAGCAAUAGAAAGAUGAAUUUGUCCGAAUUCCUCGGCAACUCGGAUCUGUUGACUCUGUUGCUGCGCGAGUUGACUAAUGGGACGAGCAAACCUUGUCAUGACGCAGAAAAUGGAUCCCUUGACAACUGCGAAUCUACAGGGAUGGAGGAACAUGGUUCUGUCACUGUAGGCGAAGAGAUUUUCACAUAUAUGACACCCUUCAUAUUCGUCAUCGGAAUUUUCGGAAACAUAUUGUCUCUGAGAGUCUUCAUGACAAAGAAUAUGCGGAAGCUAUCGGCUAGUUUGUACCUUGCUGCUCUCUCUACAGCAGAUUUGAUGUCACUUGUGUUCUAUGUCCUGAUAGAAUGGGUAAAGCGAGCAAUCUCACACUCUCCAAACAUACCUACGGCGCCAUUCUUUGAACAAAAUGGCGUAUGCCAGAUUCUUGUCUACCUACAAUAUCUCUCCCGAUUUUUGUCAUCCUGGAUCAUUGUGUGCUUCACUUUUGAACGCUACAUCGGUGUCUGCCAUUCCCUAAAAAGAAAAUCCUUUUGUGACAUGCAUUCGACAAAAAAAAUCGUGACGUCAGUAGUUAGCCUAGCUUUGGUUCUUUGCCUGUAUAAACCAUGCUUAACAACUUCUGUUGAGGUAGGUCCAUACAAAUCCAAUGUCUGCACAACUGAUCCCAAUCACCAAAAAAUUAGUUUUAUCUUGGACUGCAUAUUUGUUCUGUGCAUCAUAUUUCUUCCUUUCGUUAUAAUAACGGUGUUGAAUACCAUGAUAAUUCGCACCUUGUAUAUUCGGAACAAGCAUCACCGAGAGUGCAAGGUAAUUACUGAAGAGAGUAUCAUACGACUAGAAUUUACCGUCAUUCUCAUCGCCAUUUCCAUCUGUUUCAUCGCACUCAAUACCCCAUACACAGCCAUCUGGUGCAAGCAGUAUCUUCUGACCAAACUGGUCAAGACAACUCGGAAUGACGAACUCCUGGUGGCCAACACAGGAUCGGAAGUGACGUGGAACAUUAACGCUAUGUUCAUCACCAGAACAAUUUUUUACAUUAACUACUGUGUGAACUUCUUUCUCUACUGCCUGACGGGGGCCUACUUCAGGAAAGAGCUAAGGAUGUUGUUUAUGUACAAAAGCAAAACCUACCAAAAUCCAUACCAUCGCUGUUCUGUGCAAAAUACGUCCUCUACACCAACUCCCCAUUCCUGUCUAUAAGGGUUCAAAAGUCGAAAAGACAUCAUAACCAACACAGAUGUCAGGCUAACCUAUUUCUUUAAUGAUCAGAUCUUCACGCGUGAUAUCCUGCAUUCCACUAUAUAGAUGACCAGACGCAAUACUCUUCACUUCCGGUUGUAAAGGAUCAAAAAGUCCUUCUCCCCAGAUUUAUCCGCGAAGGUAAAAAAACAGUCCUCUUUCUCAGACUUAUCAGAAAAGGAUAAAAAAGUCCCUCUCCUCAGACGUAACCGUAAUGGAUGAAAGUGCUCUCCUACUCCGACUUAUUUGUGAAGAAUCUGAAAGUCCUCUUCUUUAGACGUAUUGGAAAAUAAUCAAAGAGUCUCACUACCCAGACUUCUAGUGAAUGUCCCUCAACACUGUGUCAACACUUCACACGUGGACUGUACGCCACAUGAGUGGCAUUUGACUAUUGAUGCCUUUUCUACCGUCCGAUGUGAACUACAGAUCUGACAUGUAUUUUGCUAUGAACCAAACUUAAUGAUUCCUGUAGAACUUUGAAAUGUAGAACCUUAAAGAACUGAACACGUCUACUCUAAAUAGUAUUUUACUCACAAUACCCUCCGUCAUUCAAAUAUAUAUCUCGAAUAUAUAUUUCCGUACCAUACCACUUCUAUAACACAUUAUUUACAGUCAACCAACUUUUGUUUUUGGCGACGGCUUUAUAUCGCAAUUUACCGCGAGAAAUAUUCACGGCGAUGAGGCUUUCUUGAACCUCGCAAUGAUUUCUCGAAUAAAUGCUGAUUUACAGUUUAUAAUGUACUCAUUCCAAUGGUUGUAAUCAAGCCUUGACUAGAUGUACAAUAAGUAAGUUGUGGCUAUUGCUUUAAUUAAGUUUGGAAUAAGGUGUUAUAACGUGUUACUUUGUGACUAUUGCUCUAUGUUUGGAUUAAGAUGUUCUAUCGAUCGAUUGAUUGAUUGAUUGUAUAUUGUUUGACGUCCCUCUCAAGAAUUUUUCAUUCAUAUGGAGACGUCACCACGGUUGGUGGUGAAGUGCUGUAAAAUUUAGGUCUAUGCUCGACGCUUACGACCUUUGAGCAGGGAGGGAUCUUUAACGUGCUACACUUGCUGGGACACGAGGUCUCGGAUUUUGCGGUCUCAUUCGACGGACUGUCCUAUUUAAUCGCCUCUUACGACAAUCAAGGGGUACUGAGGACCUAUUAUAACCUGGAUCCCCACGGGAUCUUUUAACUGAUUACUUUGUUGAUAUUGUUUUAAGUCUGGAGUCAGAUGUUAUGCCAUGUUACUUUGUUGAUAUUGCCCUGUUGGUGCUUUUAUUGUUAUCAAUAACUUUUUAAAAUGUAAUAAUUAGAACUUAGGGUAUUUUUGUACAUUUGAAAUGCUGGUGAUAUACAUUGUAUAUGUAAACAUACUUACCCCCAUGCUUGCGCUUGUGUGUAUGUGCCCCCAACCUAGGCUGUUUGCUGUAUAUAAAGACUACCAUUCCAGAUUAUAAGUAUAUAUUUACUCAAUCGUUGAGAGUGGAAAGAAGAUGACUGAUGAAUGUUAAAUCAAGGGGUCAUAAGGUUGUAAGUCAAAGUUAUAUUUAAAUGAUACGUUGCUAGGAGACGUGCACACAGCGCUUGAUUCGUCUUUCACUGUCUUGCGGAUCAGUUUACCUCUCGUCAAAAGUGGUACUAUUCAUCAUAAAGUGACAACUCUAAUAAAGCUUUCAGUUAUCAAUGACAGAAAAAUGAGUUUCACAUCCCGUAAAACUGAGAGUCGUGUUUGUCUACAAGUGAUAAGCUUUAGGCAUUGUACGCUUUAUUUGUAUACAGAAAGUGUAAUGCAUGACAAUGUUCUUGAGCAGUGUGCGUCUCCUACUCAACUGGUGUUAUAGGUCUUGUUAAGAAGUGGUUACAAAAAUGUUAAGAACGACCACAUUCAGGUUUUGUUCGUGAGGCGAAAUGGUCGUCACAAGCAGAUGAAUGCCUUUUGACCAUGAGGUUUGUAACGCUGAGAAGUAUUCCGGUUCUUUCCGGAUCACUUUGUAUAUAGCUGAGCAUUGCCUGUGUAUGAAUUUCUGACGAAUAUAUUGAGGGGAUAUUUCUUUGCAGGAAAGUUCUACAGAAGGUGGUGUAUUUUUGUUUAAUUUGUAGAAUGGACUUGGAGAAGAGAAUGUAGAGAGAAAUAUUUAUUGAUGUCUAAUGAAAAUAAAAUCUUAUUAAUGAUGAUAAA